AACCUUCCCCUCUGGAUUGUCCUGUGGUUGGAGACCGCCCGCUUGGCCCAGGAGUAUCGGGGCCGCGAUCGGUGGGGCGAGCGCGAGGCCUGGCUCGUCUCAGCGCCACCUCCGCCGCCUCCGCCCGAGGCGCCUGCCGCGCCCGCUGGGCCCUUCGGCGUGGAGCCGAGCUGCCCGCUCGUGGAGCCGCUGGUGUGCCCGCGGCCCAAGGAGGAGCCGCUCGAGAGCCGCCUGAGCCUCGGCCCCUUCUGGUGGUGGGGCGGCCAGGUAGCGGGAGGCGCGCUGUGGCAGCUGUACCAGCCCUGGGCGAGCCGUUGCGGCCCCGUCGCGGCGGAGCAGGGCUUCUGGAAUAGAGGGGCCUUAGGCAGUCGCGUGAGGGUGUCGUAUUCAGACGACGACGUGGACCACGAGCGCUACUUGGCGUGGCCGUCCAGGCGAGUCGAGGACGGCAUUUGCCAGCAGGAGAGCGUCUGGUGGGUGCUGUCGCCCGACGAUGACUUGUGGCGGGAGCGGCUGGACGGCGGUGACCCUGAGCAUGGCCCGAGUGGGGCUGUCCCGAUGCCGUCGUCUGGCUAUCCCCACAUCGUUGGGCGACGGCUGUACCGCUUCAGAGCGCGACCAACGCUGGACCGCCUGGCGCAGCUUGCGAAAGGGUGCCGUGACAUCGAGUCCGCCCUGGGCCAGGAGCCGAGCGAUUGGCCGCAGUCCGCGAUGACGGAGACGGGGGAGAUGCAGGGCCUGGGCACGGUGAUGGGCGUGUCAGCUCGAGAGCUCCCAGCGCUUGGAGACAUCGGCGCCGAUGACGAGAUGAUCUGGAUGCUGAUGGAACCAGGCGGUGGCAAGGCGCUCGGGGAGGAGGUGAAGAUGUCAGGGAGCGACGUCAUGUUGGGAAGCCACGGUUUGAAGGUGUUCGGAACGGAGGUGUGUCGGGUGGCCCGCGUGAAGGUCUCGGACGCGCCUCGGUUUGCAGGAGAGCAGCUCACCCGUAUGCGUCGCGCCCUGGGGACUGAUACCCCACCAGGGGAGCUGGCAGACGAGGAUAGCGUCCAGAAGCACCCCGGGCUCGGAGAUCGAGUGGCGGAGGCCACUGCGGGUUCGGGCGAGGCUCGCGGAGGACACACCGUCGAGGACGCGAGAACGUUGGCGGUGGACUACGACGGCCACGGCGAGAGGCACAAGGGUCCCGUGUCGGUGGUCUACCUGGCUAAGGCGAUGCGCCGCAGCGGCGGAGACCCCAUGCGAUGGCUGGCCGAGUGGUCACGAGAACAUCGAGUGGAGCGCCAGGACCGCAUCUACCAUGAGCUCGAGGUCCUGUGCCACGCGUUGCUGUUGGCAGGGAGCUACGACCACCUGAACCUGGGAGGGCUCCGAUCGAUGGGGCGGCUGGCCAGGCGCAUCCAGGUGAUCACGGAUGCCCACUCAGUGCCUGGGGCGCCCGCGAACUGGCGCAUGGCUCGGUGCCUGACGGGCGAGACGGGGCCGAGUGACGCGGUGGCCCCUGAGCUGCGUAGCUUCGGAGCUAAGAAGGCGAAGGAGGACGCGGAGUUCUUGAGCGCUCGCGUCAGGGGCCUCACAGGGGCCGACCGUGCUCUACACGAUAAAGGAGGGCGUGAACGCCGACGGCUUCUACAUGUGAAAGUUUUGAACGAGGCCAUCUCGAGCCUCAACUGGCUGGCAGGUGCGAGUGUGGGUUCCUCCGCGCCUCUCCUGUCGGACACGCAGCUGGACGUCAUCAAGCGCAUCGAUGGGCAGGUGUAUGACAUCGCGCAGCCGAUGCGGGGCGAGCAGCUGCAGCCACCGUAUUCAGCCCUACGGGGCGAGCGCAUGCUGCGCGACCUUGAUGGCGCGACGGAGAUGCUGGCGCGGUGUAGCGAUUUUGUGAGGGACCUAGUGAAGCGCGGCCUGGUGUCCUUCAGCCGCACGGUCGUGGAGAUGGGGUUGUCAGCAUUCGAGCUCGAGGCGGUGGGCGGAGCGCGAGAUCACCUGGAGGCCGCCUACCUUGCUGCCAUAGAGGACGUGGAGUUCUCAGUGGGUGUGGCGGACGUGAAGGACGCGUUCCAUCGCACGCGGCUGCCAGCCUGGAUGAAGCUGCUGUUCGGCCUUCCCAGUCUCCGAGCCGGCGACGUCGGGAUCCACGGGAGCCGGCUGGACGGCGAGGCGCUGGGCUUCGACGACCUGGUCUACCCGAUCCCCGAGGCGCUGCCGAUGGGAUGCACGUGGAGCCUCUACCUGUGCCAGAGUGUGACGGAGCUUCGUUGCCAGCUUGCUCCCGCCAUCGCAGGGAGUGCGCCCUUGAGCGACCUGGGGGAGCCCCUGGUCUUGAAGAUCGUCUGCGGGACCGAGCAGGUGGAGCACUGCGUGUACGUGGACAACAUGGGCGUCCUGGGCCAGAACGGGGAGCGCGUCAGCAACAGCCUCGACGAGUUGGUGCGAGCUUUCGUGGCGGUCGGCCUCAAGGUCCACGGGCGAGAGGUCCGCAGCGACGGGAUCGAAGUGCUCGGGGUGGUGCUGGACGGCCAGAGGCUGCAGACGCGCCCGUCGCUGAAGCGGGUCUGGAGGGCGCGGCAGGCGCUCGUGGGAGUGCUGCGGAUGCGGGCGGUGCGCGGGCACGACCUCCGCGCGCUGCUGGGCCAUUGCACCUAUCUUGGGCUCGUUCGGCGGCCUGUGCUAUCAGUAUUCCAUGCAUGCUACCGCUUCGUUUCGAAAGUGCAGAAAGAGUGCGCGCCUCUCUGGAGGAGUUGUCGAGAGGAGCUCGAGGCUUUCAAAGGCCUGCUGCCCAUGAUCGUUUCUGACUGGUGGCUCCCAUGCAAUAGGUGGGUUCAGUGUUCGGAUGCCUCUGAGACUGGCUACGGGGUAUCUGGGAGCUACUGGGACCUCGAGUCUUUAAACGUCGUCGGGCGGUGUCGUGAGAGGAGGCGGUUCAGGACGGAAGAGGGUCAAGAGGCACGUCGAUCAGCUCUUACAGCGGCGGGUAUUGGGGAGUUCUUGGAGGCGAAAGUGGGGGAGGCGAAGCUGUGCGUGGACGAGGGUGAGAAGUGGCUGAUCGAGACCACGCUGCCCGAAGGGGAUUACGAGUUGGACCCCGACUUCUCAGAGGCGUUUUGGCUCGAGAUCGUUGUGAUGCUCUCGGGCCCCGCCUCCAGGAGUCGCCUGCUCCUGAGGUCGCAGCCGCCCAUCGAGCAGCCGCAGGAGCGGCGGGCGAGAGUCCUGACCCGCGAGGCGGCGAGGCCGCCUGCCUCAGCGGCGCUCCAGAACCAGAUCGGCGGCAAGCGGCCCGCCGAGGCUGCGAAGGGCCAGGCUACGCCGAGCCCGGAGGAAGCGGGCGCGGACGCGAGCUGCGACACCCGAAGACGCGCCACUGGAAAACGGGGACGAUCAGCCGUGCCGAGCUCGAGCGGCACUACCAGCGAAUCCGAGGCCGCCACCACUGCCAAGCGCCAGAGGACACUGGAGAGGCGGGUCAAGCGGCGACGUGCGGCAGUGUCACGGGCGAUCGAGGACGGAGUGCCGAUCGGACGCUACCUGGAGUCGAGCACGGCAACGCCGAAGGUACGAGCACAGUACCACAGAGCGUUAGAGCAGAUGAAAGACCGAUGUGGCCGCCAGGACUUGUUCGAGAUGCCGUCAGAGACGCUGGAUGUAUGUAUAGUGCACUAUUUCACGACCUUGUACCUAGAAGGGGAGCAGGCGUCCACGGGCAUGUAUGUGGCGGCGGCUGUGAACCAUUUCUCCCCGAAGUAUGGGAGGUUGGGGGCCAGUGCGCUACCCCGUAUGUGGAAGGCGCUCAAGGGCUGGAAGAUGCUCACCCCUGGCCGUGCCAGGAUGCCCGAGCCGCUCAGUAUAUGGUGUGCCCUCAUGCAUGGCCUGGUUCUGCGGAACCAGCGCAUGAUGGCAGUGUUCCUGGCGCUGGCAGUGUCGACCUACUUGCGCCCGUCUUCGCUCUUCCGACUCCGCCCUGGGGAUAUUGUCAAGCCUGGGGGUGGCAGCCGUUUCUGGGGACUGCUGAUGCACCCGCAGGAGAGGGCCACCCCCGACAAUGUGGGAGAGUUCGACCUGAGUGUGAAGCUGGACUCGUCAUGGCUGCUGUGGCUUGGGCCAGUGCUGGAGAAGCUGCAACGGCAGGACCCGACGAAGCCAGUGUGGCAGUUCGACUACCCGCAGCUGCUGCGGGAGAUGCGGUCAACUUGCGACACCCUGCAGCUGGGGCGGAUCACGCCCUACCAGGCCAGGCACUCUGGUGCGAGCAUAGAUCGCGCCAGCAACGAGCGGAGCCAGGCCGAGGUGCAGAGGCGCGGGGGCUGGCGGCAGCUCAAAAACAUGGCGAGGUACGAGAAGAGCGCGCGGCUCGGACAUCGCGCGCAGCAGCACACGGCGGUGAUGGUGGCGUACGGGGAGCAGUGCCUGCGCGAGCUGGAGCCCGCCUUGCUGUGGGGCCGUGCGGCGCCGCUGCCAGGCGGCAUCCAGCCCUUGCCCAGU